GCCCCUUCCCGACCCCUGGCUCGGGCCCGGGCCGGAGCCCGCCUCGGGUCUUGCGCCGGCCUAGAAAGCGGGAGAAGCUGAGUGAGUGACAGCCCCCACCCACCUGUGGACAGCCCCUUCUUGCCCUCUCCUCGGAAUCCUGACAACGUCCCCAUCAUCCCGACCCUGCGUUUUCCUUGGGAUUCCGACCUCCCCUUCAGAGAAGACAGGAGGUCGGGAAGGACCUGCAGCCCAGGGGCUUCCAAGAUGAGGCCCAGAGACUCGGUAGAGUUCCAGCAUUCGGGACUUUGGAGAUUUCCCCUCGCCCCCUACCCCCACCAUCUCACCCUGGGUAUGACCUGCGCUGUAUGGGACAGGGCUUUGGGCUGCGACAGGGCAGGGGACAGGAAUGGCAACAUACCCUUACCUUCUAGCCCAGGGUCACCAGGUAGGCUCCAGAGGAGCUGGACCCUGACUUUUACCUUAACCAUGAGGCCACUGAAGUUAGGAAGCUUACAUCGUGGUUGUCUUAAGUGUGUGUUAGGGACAGCACUGGGGAGCUGUUGCCCCAGAGGGAGGGGUCCUCUCUUGUGCCCAUGGGGACAUAGGUGUAUCCCUGGAGGGUCGCUUACCAUUUCCUGGCCUCAGGAUUAUCAAUGCAGAGAAAUCUGAAUUCAAUGAGGAUCAAGCCGCCUGUGGGAAGCUGUGCAUCCGGAGAUGUGAAUUUGGGGCUGAAGAAGAGUGGCUGACCCUGUGCCCAGAGGAGGUGAGCGCAGCCUGAGUUCUUGACUGGAAUCCCUCCUACAGGCUGGGGCCACGACCUGCAGGCUGAGUUCCUGACAGGCCAUUACUGGGCACUGUUCGAUGGGCACGGCGGUCCUGCAGCAGCCAUCUUGGCUGCCAACACCCUGCACUCCUGCUUGCGCCGGCAGCUGGAGGCCGUGGUAGAGGGCUUGGUGGCCACUCAGCCCCCCAUGCACCUCAAUGGCCGCUGCAUCUGCCCCAGUGACCCUCAGUUUGUGGAGGAAAAGGGCAUCAGGGCAGAAGACUUGGUGAUCGGGGCAUUGGAGAGUGCCUUUCAGGAAUGUGACGAGGUGAUCGGGCGGGAGCUGGAGGCCUCAGGCCAGGUGGGCGGCUGCACAGCCCUGGUGGCUGUGUCCCUGCAGGGAAAGCUGUACGUGGCCAAUGCUGGGGAUAGCAGGGCCAUCUUGGUGCGAAGAGAUGAGAUACGGCCACUGAGCUUCGAGUUCACCCCAGAGACUGAGCGGCAGCGGAUCCAGCAGCUGGCCUUUGUCUACCCUGAGCUUCUGGCUGGCGAGUUCACCCGACUGGAGUUCCCUCGGCGGCUGAAGGGGGAUGACUUGGGACAGAAGGUUUUGUUCAGGGAUCACCACAUGAGUGGUUGGAGCUACAAACGUGUGGAGAAAUCGGAUCUCAAGUACCCACUGAUCCAUGGACAGGGUAGGCAGGCUCGGUUACUAGGAACACUGGCUGUCUCCCGGGGGCUGGGAGACCAUCAGCUCAGAGUCCUAGACACGAACAUCCAGCUCAAGCCCUUCUUGCUCUCUGUCCCACAGGUGACUGUGCUGGAUGUGGGCCAGCUGGAGCUACAGGAGGAUGAUGUGGUUGUCAUGGCGACUGAUGGACUCUGGGAUGUCCUGUCCAACGAGCAGGUGGCAUGGCUGGUGCGGAGCUUCCUCCCUGGGAACCAAGAGGACCCACACAGGUUCUUGAAGCUGGCCCAGAUGCUGAUACACAGCACACAGGGAAAGGAAGACAGUCCCACAGAGGAAGGGCAGGUGUCCUACGAUGACGUCUCUGUGUUCGUGAUUCCCUUGCACAGUCAGGGCCAAGAGAGCAGUGGCCACUGAGGAUUCAGACACUGUAUCCCAGAACUGCUCCAGUGCCCGGGUGUGGUCUGGGCAUCCCUCCAGUGUGACCAAGAGCAAAUCCUGCCUGCCCUAUCCCUAGCCACAGCCCAGCGCUCUCCCUGCACCUCAACACACAUCCAUCUCAAGAGGAACAUUUAUGCCAGGCAGUCAGAGCUGGAAGGGUAUGGAGAGCCCAGCCCACCAGGUCCUGCUUUUUGCGGUGAUAACCUCUGGCAGAGUGACUUUACAAGUUAACUAGGAAACCCAUGUGAGGUUCCUCAGACAGGAUCUUCAACAGCCCAAAGUAUCAUUCUCAGGGGCACCCAGGCUAAGGGUAUUAGCCAAAGAUGCCAGGAUGGGCAGCUAACCCAUGUUUAGAUCCAGGUCUCCAAUUCAUGGAUGUCAGAGCAUGCGUUCAACAACCCCCAAAGUCCACGCAGGGUGGCUUGUAGAAACCUUUGGGCAGCCUCAUGUCUGCUAAAACAGCCAUCUUCAAGACAGCCCCUGAAAAGAGACCAACUCAGGUCCUGCCCUGCUAUUCUUUGCUGGAGAUGAGGAACAGGCUCUGGGGCUAAAGUCUGGGGUAAAGCACAAGGGACUAGAGGAACUCUUGGAGUUGGCUGGGUGAGAGGGCUCUCCAUUUGUUACCUGUAGUAGCCUGCCUCCUAACUGGUUGCUUCUCCCUAGUUCCAGCCCUGCCCUGGUCUGAUGCCCCAACACUGCCUUUGCUUUGUUGUUCCAUCACCUCCCUAUUAUUAAAUGUUUUCUACAGAAGA